GUCAUUUGACAUUUCAAAUCGUAAAAUCACUGUCGGAAAAGUAAUAGAAUUUUAUUCCUGAUAGUUCUAAUUGUUUUCUACGAUGGCGUAUCUUUCUCCAUUCUUUCGAUCACCAUGGACGGAUAUAACGGGCGCUAUGCUUUCGCACCAAAUGCUAGAUCGGUGCGCUAAACAGGAGAUGGAAAUGAUGGAUUGUUUGGAGGCAUACGGCUUCGACAGAGGAUUGAAGAAAUGCCAAGAUUUAAUAGAUGACUUCAAAGAGUGCCAGUCAAAUCGGAAGCAAUUUUGUAGAUUUAUGGCCAUGCGCAAAGAAAGGGAUCGUCAAAUAGCCGAAGGAAAACUGACUGGAGAUGAAAAAUAUUGUAGUCCAAGAGUGGACAGCUAUUGAGUGUUUAUUUUUUUAAAUUUAAAGAUUGGGAAUCUAAUAAAAGUAAACGAAUAUUA